GUCAAUUCUAAACAAACAUGGAUAAACCCACCGGGAUAGUGAUGCAUUUUGAUGGGGUGGACGUAAGCGUGGCGGCGAUGUCCCAUAUUGGUUCUCCCUCCCUCAUGCAGAACCAGGACGCGCACCUCACGCUUCCAUUGACCGACGACUGCCUGCUCAUCGGCGUGUUCGACGGUCAUGGCGCUGAGCUCGGUCAGAUCGCGUCACGGGCUGCGAAGGCGUUCUUCGCGUCGAACUUCCAGGACCCAGCCUUGCUCGAUGAGGUGCUGGAAUCUCCGGAAGCUACAUUCCGUCGGCUAUUCCGUGAAUGCCAUCACCACCUUUACGGCCGCUUCAAGUCGUUUUACACGGCGCAAGGCUGUUCCAUUCACGAAGAGAGUGGACCUUUUCUUACGUAUCGAAUGGCCAACCAGUCCCAGCCGUUCCGCUGCGUAUAUGGAGGCACCACAGCCACGUUGGCGCUGCUUCACAAUCAACGCGUCAUUGUGGCCAGCGUCGGCGAUUCCGCCGCGAUCCUUGCAAAUCCCACAGGCACAUGCGAUCUGACAUGGCAUGCAUACUGUGAUACCGCCCCAACGCCAGCCUCAUCUCUGCCCAACGACGACGACGACGACUCAAAACAAACUGACAACCAAAUGGACGAUAUCGUCCCUUCGUUUGUGUUUCUCACUGGCACCCACGCCCCUGACUGCACGAGCGAAUUCAACCGGCUGGCGGAGCUUGGCCUUGGGGCGCAGUGUCUAUUUGACCACUCCACCGACCCCCAUGACAGAGUGCCCAUCUUUAUACCCGCCGCCCGUCGCCCCGUCAAUCCUGUCAGAAUUAAUACCCCCCACUGUAUAAAGGACGCGCCGCCGAGGGGGGGCUAUGUGAAAAACGCACGGAACGAAUGGGCAUGUGUCGUGUCGGCGCCCCCCCACGCGGCUUUUUCGGAUACACUUGCGUGUACGCGAUCUCUGGGAGACUUUCACAUGCACAUGUAUGGAGUCACGUACGAGCCAGACGUGGCGGAAACAAACGUCGAGCCUGGCGCGACUUUGCUGUUGGCUACGGAUGGGGUGUGGGACGUCUGGCAGUUCAAGCAAGUGGCGUCUUAUAUUCAAGGCAACAACCACAGUGGCACCAUCCUGCACGAGUUUAUGCAGGCCAAUGUGGCUCGCGCAACAGAACUGUUUGGGGACCACGCGGACAACAUGACUGCUGUGUGCGUUGCGUACAAGAAGAAGGCGUCCAAUUUCGUCGACGAGUAGAACGUCUGGAGAGUAUAAAUGACUUUGCCAAGUAAUUAUUAUGUUUAUUGAACGUUAGAAGUCGU